AUGCACAACCUCUUCCUAGGCGAGCUUCGACAUCACUGCAUGGCCGUAUGGGGAAUCGACAUCAAAGACCAUAAAGAUAAGACUGUCAAAAAGACGGUGGAGCACACGCCUGAGGAACAGCAGAGGCACCUCGAUCGUCUCAUUGACGCGCUGCGCAAAGGUGUUCUAUCAGCUGUUGCCCAGCCUCGGAAAGGUUACCUGGUUGCGUUGGCUCAGUUCAACAGCAUCUCGCCGCAAAAGCUAACAAAGCAUGAGUACGCCAAAGCACUCUUAGCAUGGUGUCGAGACCACGGCGUCGAUCACCUUGCAGUGCCGCCCGUUCUCAAGAGCGACACGGCUGAUUUCCAUCUAGCCAACGGACCUCACGACAUAUCCAAAUUCCGCAUCCUGACUCCCGAAAUUGUCGAUCAACUGCGUUGCGACAUCAAGUCCACGUAUCUCCCUUCAUGGGUCGAGCGGCCCCCGUUGAACUUCGGCAGUGCCAGCCAUGGUAAGCUCAAGGCCGACCAUUGGAGGACGGUGUGCACAAUCAAUAUGGUCGUCACCCUGACGCGCAUCUGGGGCCGUGCCACAGCGUCGACAGCCGAGCACCACUUACUCGAUAAUUUCAUCCAUCUUGUCGUUGCCGUCGACUUGGCGUCCCGUCGCUCUAUGAGCGCUGAACGAGCGCGUCUCUACGACCAUCAUAUGCUAGAGUACCUGCGUACGCUGAGAGAGCUAUUUGAACACAACCUUGUCCCGAAUCAUCACCUAUCCCUGCACCUCUCGACAUGUCUCAUGCUAUUCGGCCCUGUGCAUGGCUGGUGGGCCUAUCCGUUCGAACGCUUCAAUGGGAUCAUACAGCGAUUGAAAACGAACAAUCAGACAGACAAGAUACCCCUCACUUAUAUGCGCAUAUUCCAUGCCGCAGCCGAAUUACGCUGGAGGAUAGCUUCGGCAGAUUGGCCAAAAGACGACAGCAUUCACGAGGUCCUAAACGCGUUCAAGAAUGUCUAUCAAGACGCCGCCCGCGGUACGCGGGUCAUCGACGUGCUCGGUGCGCUCCCUGGCUACGGCGAGGAUGUAUCCUACAAGGACAUCUAUGCUGGCCUCAGCGAUGCUAAAUUGGACAGGGUUAUCUACAACACCCUUGUAGAUGUCAUGAACUGCGCAGGCCGGAACACUGACUUUGCAUCGUUCUAUAGUCCCAUCGGUGACCGGCGAAUGCGUCUCUCGCCUCUUGUACGCUUCGUAUCCAAGCUCGACCUAUCUGGUGUAACGUACGGAACCCGUGACAGCAACAUCCGAAACUCGUUCAUCUGUUUUCUAAGCAAAACGUCGGCAGAUCGCACUCUUGUACGUGCGGGGCAAAUAUCCUCUAUCUUUCUCCACUCUCGCAAUGACCCCGAGUCCAAUGCUCGAGUCGUGGAGCCGUUCUUCAUCGUCGACCAGUACGUACCGCUGUCGCAAGACCAUGCCGCCAACGAUCCAUACCGGCAGUUUCCUUUGCUCGACACUCAGCUCUAUUACGACCGCUUUUCGGAGCAAACUGCGCUGAUACACUCCGCCGACAUCGUAGCGCAUUUUGCCAGCUUUGCUUAUGUUCCAGAGGAGAUCGGUGAGAGCUGUAUCGUUGUUCGCUCGCUUGACCGUGUAUGUGGUUCACGUUGA